UAGAAGAGUGCAGUUUGGAAAAGGCUAGCAAAGAAAAUAGAGGUGUAGAACUUUGGAAUAGGCUAGCAAAGAAAAUAGAAGAGCGCACUUUGGAAAAGUCUAUCAAAGAAAAUAGACGAGCGUAUUUUGGAAUGAGAACGAUCCGCACUCAUUCUUUGCCGAAUUCCCAAACUUACGAGAAUUCAAAACCAACGCAUUUAAGGAAAUUGUCUUUCGCGGAUUAUUUCUAG